AUGGCAUCCGAUUCGGCAUCCGACACCGACGCCGAUGCAUUCAAGCUGUAUCUUUAUAAGCCCUCCCUUCCAGCAGCCAUAUUAUUUACCAUUCUUUUCGGCCUUGUUUCCGCUCGCCACUUCCAACUUCUUAUCAAAACGAAAACAUGGUCGUUUAUUCCCUUCUGUAUAGGAUGCCUCUUGGAAACAGUUGGGUACGGUGCCCGAGCAUAUUCGGCAACACAAACCCCCAACUGGGAUCUCAUGCCUUAUAUCUUGCAGAGCGUGUUUAUCCUUCUCGGACCUGCAUUCUAUGCAGCUUCAAUUUACAUGGCAUUGGGCCGGCUCAUAUGUUUUCUUGAGGGACAGCAUCACUCACCGAUCAGAGUGAAACUGCUUACUAAGAUCUUCUUGAUGGGAGACAUUUUCUCGUUCUUUGGACAAGGUGGAGGUGGCGGGCUCCUCGCUAGUGCCAGCGACAAAGGAAGCCAAGACCUCGGCAACACCAUCAUUAUUGUCGGUCUCGCGAUUCAGGUCAUAUUUUUCGGCGGAUUUAUGGUGGUCACGGCAAUCUUUCACAUGCGCAUACGACGCCGCCCGACCAGCAGGUCCCAGAGCACUAGUGCCCCAUGGCAGGUGUUCAUGGUCGUACUCUACCUUACCAGCGCGCUUAUCAUGGUGCGGUCUGUUUUUCGGAUGAUAGAAUAUGCUCAAGGCCAUACAGGUUCAUUGAUUUCCAAGGAGAUAUAUGUUUAUACGCUCGAUGCCCUGCUUAUGAUUAUCGUCGCAGUCAUCUUUACGGUGCGUCACCCGAGUGCAAUCUUUGGAUACCAGACGCUAUCGGAUUCUCUUGGCCAAGACCCAGGCAACUUCGACAAUGUGCCCAUGGUUGGUCAAAGGUCAUAUGCGGCGAUGCCCUAAGCCACAUGAGAGAUAAUUAUCCCCAUCAUUAGCUAGAAUAAGAUGCAAUCUCAGUGAUGAAGAACUGGGCGUUUAGUUAGGCUGAGUCAUUAGGG